AUGAGUUCAUCCUCAGGUCAGAGCAGUGGCUAUGAUCUCUCUUUCAAGAUCUUGUUGAUCGGAGACUCUGGGGUGGGAAAAAGUAGCCUACUUGUCAGCUUCAUUUCAAGUUCUGUUGAAGAUCUUUCCCCCACCAUUGGUGUUGAUUUUAAGAUCAAAACGCUCACACUAGGUGGCAAGAGAAUGAAAUUAACGAUUUGGGAUACUGCUGGGCAGGAAAGGUUCAGGACUCUAACCAGCUCUUACUAUAGAAAAGCACAAGGAAUCAUUCUCGUUUAUGAUGUCACAAGGAGAGAAACCUUUACAAACUUAUCAGAAGUGUGGUCUAAGGAAGUGGAACUCUACUCAACUAAUCAGGAUUGCGUGAAGAUGCUAGUUGGAAAUAAAGUUGAUAGAGAUUCUGAAAGGGCUGUGAGCAGAGAAGAGGGUUUAGCCCUUGCCAAGGAAUUGGGGUGUUUGCUUCUUGAAUGUAGUGCUAAAACUCGGGAAAAUGUGGAGCAGUGCUUUGAGGAACUUGCUCUAAAGGUUGAUCUAGUUGACCCUCUGGCUGGAUCAGGUUCAGGUUUACUGAUCUUCAUAGUUUCAGAUUACAUGAUAACAUAA